CAGUGUUUAACAAUUCCAACAGUUUCGCCUUCUCAAGUUGCCGUAUCGAUCAGUUAUGAAUUCGUCAAAUCGAAUCACAACAAUUGUAUUGUUUGCUGUUGUUUUCGCCAUUUUUUGCUUCACGACAUCUGUGGCUGAUACUGAACGAAAUAUCGGUGUGUGCAUUCGGAACUGUGCGCAAUGCAAAAAGAUGUUUGGCUCAUUUUUUAUCGGUCAGAAAUGCGCUGAUUUUUGUGUCCGUUACAAAGGAAAGCUUGUUCCGGACUGCGAGGAUGAGUUUUCGAUUCGUCCUUUCCUUCAGGUUCCUGAGAACGAUUAUUAAUCCUCAGAAUCAAUCAAAGUUCUUCGACUUUCUCAUCUUUGCGUUAUAAUAUUAAGCUACGCAAUUACGCGGCGCAGAAAAAUGGAAAUUUCAAUGAAAUAAUUUUUGCUAUGCGUUACAACUCAUUAACCAAUAAUAUAUCUGCAAAUGUUCAUUAUUAUUUCGCGAAAAGUAUAUCUUUUUAAAGCAUUAUUGUAAUUAUAAUUUAAAAAUCUGAAGAGAUUCUGAGAAA